CGAAAAUGGAGCCUCUCACAACUACUUACACUCUGAAAUACUCAGUGCCCAAAGCCAGGGUCUUUGUUGUCUUUCUGUCGAUGGUUUUGUGUACCGCCAUUCUCUGCCUGCUGCAACUCAGAUUUUUUACACCUAAAAUCAAAGAUUUUUACUCUUUUGAAGUCAAGGAUUCACGAGGAAGGAUUGUUUCCUUGGAGAAGUACAGAGGGAAAGCAACUUUGGUUGUAAACGUGGCCAGCUACUGCCAACACACAGACAAAAAUUACAUCGCACUGCAAGAACUACACAGAGAGUUUGGUCCCUCCCACUUCACUGUGCUGGCUUUUCCCUGCAACCAGUUUGGAGAAUCAGAGCCUAGUUCAAGCCAGGAAAUAGAAUCUUUUGCCAGAGGAAACUAUGGAGUAACCUUCCCUGUUUUCCACAAAAUCAAGAUCCUAGGAUCAGAAGCAGAGCCUGCCUUUAAAUUUCUAAUAGAUUCUUCAAAGAAAGAGCCUCGGUGGAAUUUCUGGAAGUACCUUGUCAGCCCUGAGGGUAAAGUUGUGAAAUUCUGGAGACCUGAAGAGCCCAUAGAAAGUAUCAAGCCUGAAGUAACAUCAUUAAUCAGGCAGAUUAUCAUGAAAAAAAAAGAGGACCUCUGAAAAAGCCAUUCAUGCUGUGAAUCCAUUCAACAGUAUGGGUACACAACGUUACUACAUUCCUGGGAAAUGCUGCUAGAAGUUAAACCAGCGGUGAUUUUACUUCAUUUUGGUGUUAGUGUUUUCAGCUACACAAUGUCUAUUAAUGUUGGAUUGGCUCCUGCAACAGCCUUGAGAACCACUGAGGUU